CAAUCGCAGUAUUCGUCCGAUUGCCAUCGUGGCAGGCGUCGGAUGCCCGGUUCACGAUCGGCAGCGAGGUAGCCCUACAGAUAUACUUAUCCGGAGCUACUGACGUCACGUUCGAGUGAGUGAGGGGGUGAGUGUUGACGCAUGGGGGAUACGCUGCCGGUGUGAGUGGUGGUUUAAAUACCGUGGAUGUCUCACCUAAGCGGAGUCGACGGACAGUGGAACUAUCCUCCACCAUGCAUUGGCACGCAUUUCGUCAUGGAGAGAUUCUUCACUUCCAGCCGUGUCGUAUGUACCUUGAUUGUUGUCGCUUUACGUGCUUCAGAGCAGCGAGCUCCGACGUUGGAAUGAUUUAAAGACUUCGGACUCGCUCUGGGAUGCUCUCCAACAUCACCAUCAGACGACAUCAUCGACGCAGACAUCAUGAAGAACCACAAGAUGCUACUUCCGCUGGCCAAGAGCAGCGGAUCCGAACAACAGCGCGGGACCUUCCAUGACAAUCAUGGCCAUCUCCCUGGCAACGGCUUCAAGAAUCAUCUUGUUGCGGCGGCUGGAGAGUUUGUCGGAACGUUUUUCUUCCUCUUCAUGGCAUUCGCCGGAACCUCCGUGGCCAAUAUCCCGAGCCCUCCCCAGAGCGACACGACCCGCACGGAUCCCGAACAGCUGAUGUACAUUGCGCUCUCGUUCGGCUUCUCGCUAUGCAUCAACGUAUGGAUCUUUUUCCGGAUCUCGGGGGGCCUCUUCAACCCGGUGGUAACAUUGGGGCUGCUCCUGAUCGGUGCCUUGAGCGGCACUCGGGCGGCGGUUAUCUUCCUAGCUCAAAUAGUCGCGAGCAUAGUUUCCGCCGUGGCGGUCAACGGACUGUUCCCGACGCCGCUGGCGGUGUCAACAAGUCUGGGAGUGGGCACGACACUUGCGCAGGGCGUCUUCAUCGAGGCGUUCCUGACGUUCGAGCUGGUCUUUUGCAUCUUCAUGCUGGCGGCGGAAAAGCACAAAGCCACGUUCCUGGCACCGAUUGGUAUAGGACUCGCACUGUUCGUUGCUGAAUUGGCAGGCGUGUAUUAUACCGGAGGCUCGCUCAAUCCUGCCAGAUCCUUUGGUCCCGCUGUGGCCGCCCGCAGCUUCCCAAAGGAACAUUGGAUAUAUUGGGUUGGCCCUGCCCUGGGUGCACUUGCAGCUGUCGGCUUCUAUAAGUUCGUUAAGAAGCUGGGUUAUGAGGAGGCGAAUCCGGGGCAGGAUAGGGAUCCGGAGGAGACUGUGGUGACCGUGAGGAAUGCUACCUCUGAACCUGCCGGACAGAACGGCAGACUGUCCGGAACGACGACCGACGGCGACGUGGUGGUGGAGGUGGAUCCUGCCGGUGGGAUCCCGCGCGUUCUGUGCGGGUCCAUGGAAGAAGAGAAGACUUGAAUGAUACGACGGUAUGGCGAUAGUCACGAUACCGGGCGAUGGAAAAAUGGGGGCGUUUUUGUUCUUGUUAUUUGGGGAAAGAGGAGGAGGACCAUAUGUACAUUACAGUAGUUGGGGGAUUGGGUCAUUGCUGCU